UGUAAAAGAUAAAACCUUGCCAGGUGAAACGCUAAGUUAGAUAUAGGAAAAUGAACAAUACAGUUUCAAGAGCUCGAUGAAGUGAGAAGUGCCAUUUACCAUAUGGUAGUUGGCAUGCAAUACCUAAGUAUUCGAAUAGCAAUUAACAAAAUUUGUUGUGGUGCUAUAAAAGUGACCUGUCCUCGAAGAUGAUCCAAAAAAUGGAAGGGGGCAACGUGCGAAACGACGAUGAAAGCGGAGACGAGCAAUUAAGUUCUCUAGAAUCAAUGGGAAGUCUAUGGACCUUUUGGAGAAUGAGAAGAUAUAUUGUUGCAGUACUGGCUUUUCUAGGAUUCUUUACGUCUUACGCUUUGCGUGUAAAUUUGAGCAUCGCUAUUGUAGCUAUGACUGAAUAUAGAAACUUUACUUUAGAAAAUGGAACCGUCAUUAGAACAAGAGAUUUUGACUGGGAUACACAACUACAAGGUUAUAUACUUAGUUCAUUUUUUUACGGCUAUAUAACAACUCAACUUCUUGGUGGAUUGUUGGCGGCGAAAUAUGGUGGAAAAAGAGUGUUUGGUGUCGGCAUUGCCGUUACGGCGGCUUUAACUUUAGUUACCCCUUGGAUUGCACAAACAAGUGUUUACUUUUUGCUAGCUGUAAGGAUAAUUGAGGGAAUUUUCGAAGGUGUCACUUAUCCAUGUAUCCACGCAAUUUGGGCUAAGUGGGCGCCUCCAGUAGAAAGAAGUCGUUUAGCAACAAUCGCUUUUUCUGGUAGUUAUGUAGGUACUGUAGUAUCAAUGCCUUUAUGCUCAAUAUUAGCUUCUGCACUAGGAUGGCAGAGCAUCUUCUAUUUUUUUGGUACAGUUGGUAUUAUUUGGUGUCUUUUGUGGAUGACUUUGAUAACGGAUUCUCCCGAAGAUGAUCCAAAAAUAACAAAAAAAGAAUUGAGCUACAUCAUCAAUUCUCUUGAAGCAAAAAGUAAUAAGAAAAUGAAAAUUCCUUGGUGCUCUUUCUUAACAUCAAUGCCUGUUUGGGCGAUAACUGUGUCGCAUUUCUGUGAAAAUUGGGGAUUUUAUACCAUGUUGACGCAAUUACCCAAAUUCAUGAAACGUGUAAUGAACUUUGAUCUGAACGCAGCUGGAUUUAAUUCAGCAUUACCGUAUUUACUAAUGGCUAUAAUGACUCAAUUUUCCGGCCAUUUCGCCGAUUGGUUUAUAGUCAAAAGAAUUUUAAGCGUCACUCAGGUCAGAAGAAUUUUCAAUUGUAGCGGGUUUCUCGCCCAGACUGUAUUUAUGAUGACCGCUACCUAUUGGUUGACACCUGCCGGUGCCACGUUCUGUAUUACUAUGGCUGUAGGUCUAGGUGCUUUCGCUUGGGCAGGAUUCAGUAUCAACCACUUAGACAUCGCUCCUCAGUAUGCUAGUAUAUUGAUGGGUUUUGGAAAUACCUUUGCCACUAUACCCGGUAUUGUUAGUCCAAUAAUAACUGGGUAUUUGGUUACAGACGAGACUAAUGUAGAUGAAUGGAGGAUAGUUUUCUAUAUUUCGUCAGGGCUCUACUUAUUUGGAGCCGUUUUCUACGGAUCCUUCGUAUCUGGCGAACUUCAGCCAUGGGCGAAAGAAACAGAGCCACUCAGUACCAACAAAGACAACUACGGCGCAUCUAAAACAGAAAAAGAGCAAUCCUAUUAUGAUAACAACAGUUUUGUGUCGGAUAAAUAUAAUUAGUAUUACUCUGAGUACAA